GAUGGCGUUCAGUUCGCUUUGGAACGGUCAGUGAGACACAUGUGUGUUUAUCCGAACGCACGAAAACUAGUGGAGGAGACGGGAGCCAUCAUCAUUCAUCACUGUGAAUUUGAUCAUUCAUUGCGCAUGCGAUAAUAUUGUGGAAUGGUUGUUUACUACGCGAAUAUUUUCUUAAACAAUGAGUGUUCAUAGUUAGUGUUAAAAAAAACAUACGUACAUUCCAAUCGUGUUUCAAGUGUGAUAAAAAUAAAAAUCAACAAAAUGAGUGGAAGUAAGAGCAACUUCAAUACUAAGAUUGCGGAGGACGAGAACGUCGACUCUGGUUUUCUAUCUGGACCUAUAGACGUGUUACCUGGUGAUGAGGAGUCGGAGCCCGUGCCCGAGCCUGCUAGUGAGGAUAAGAAAGUGAAAAGUGUAAGUGCCGUGCAGCCCAGCGAUAGCGAGUACGACAGUGGUAUUGUGUGCAUAUCGGAGCUGGUGUCGAGCGUGCAGCUCACUGACACACAAACCCCACACAUCGCCGUAUCACCUCCUGAGCAGAAGAACAUCCCACCAAUCACCCUAUUCUUCACGCCGGACGAACAGGGAGAUACACAAUUACACAUAGCGGCAGUGCACGGAUGCGUAAAAUCAGUAGCAACACUCAUAAGAAUAUGUCCGAACAAGAUGUUUUUGGACUUGGCCAACGACGAUGGACACACAGCGCUACACCUCGCUGUGAUGAGUGGAAAUGCCGUGGUCACCAGGAUGCUAGUGCACGCGGGACUCUCGAUCGAAGCGAGAGACAGGCUAGGAGAAACAGCCCUACACAAAGCAUCGACAAAAGGCAAUGUAGAAUGUCUACAAGCGCUACUUGCGCCGGUGCCUGAAUUCCCAUCAAGGAAGCUAACUACAGUACUGAAUCAAAAGAAUUAUAAUGGACAAGCGUGCGUACACCUAGCCACAUCAGCGGGGCACCUCGUCGCGCUACAGACCCUAGUGUUCUAUGGAGCCGAUAUCAAAGCAAAGGAAAACUUAGCGGGAUGGACAGCACUACACAUUGCUGCGCGACGCGGCGAUGUCCGCAUUGUGAAGUACCUGCGGGAACGGUACGGAGACGAGGUGACACAAGCGCGUGACUACGCACAGCGGACGCCGCGCCGCCUCGCUAAGAAAACUCCUGCCGCUAGCGAGUUCAGCAAAGUCGCCGACGACAGCGACUCAGACUCCAGCUCUGACGAUGAUAUGUACGACAGCGACAGCGAGAGCCUGUACGAGAAGCUAGUGCGGGACACGUGCGGGAACACGGUGAAGGGGUACUGACAGCGCGGCGCCACGCCCCGGCCACCCGCCCGCGCCAGCUAGCGCCCGGCAGCCACUCCGCGCCAGCUGGCCGCACCGCGCCGCCUCCUCACUACACAGCGCUUAGUUACAAUGCCCGACCCGGCCCGACCCGGCCCGACCACUCCGUACCAAACUUUGUAACAAAUAGAUCUGAAUAUUACUUCCUUGCCGACACGACCGCGCACACUGACCAACACCCAACUUGUAUUUGUUGCAUGAAUUAGGUUUAUCCACAGUUACUGCAGAUCUGUCAUUAAUUGUAAACAUGCAAUUAACUGCUACAGGUUCUUCCACUGUAACUACAAACCCUAAAGAUAUGUGACUGAAGCGAAAGGUAAUCAUACAAGUAUAUGAUCCUAUAUAAGUCACAAUGAUGUGUUGGUCAACAGAAUCAAGUUUAGUAUUGGUCGGUGUGUGUUUGUAUAGGCGAGGAUUUAGUCUUCAUUCUCAUUUGUAAAUAUUUCGAGGGGAAGAGAUGUUGCAGAAGGAAGCCACGGCCCACGGUACACAAUGCUGGGACAGCUCCGGAAAAUAUGAUGAAGUGAUAAUUGUACGGAUUUGCCCUCUAUUUGUUUCACGGGACAAAUGUAUAUGUAGUGAUUGGGAGUUUGACUGGUCCGCAGGACGCGGAGUCCCAGCGCUGUGUACAGUGACGCGCAAAUUAGAUCUAAGUUAUUUGUAAGACUCAUGUACAGUCGCGGAAAGAAUGUUAAGUUUAGAAAAUUAUUUAAAUACAUAGUCUAAUGCCUGUAAAAAUUGUUAAGUAUUUGUAUAUUUAUUUAGAAUCGAAUAAAUGUUGUUCACAAUAUAACUUUGGUAUUUUAUUGUCCGUGCUGCCUACUAAUGUUCUUUCCGCGACUGGACAGGUGCCUUACUGCUAUAUUGAUAAAAGUUUGCCACACAAUAUACUCGUGUAUAAUGUGUAUGACACGAGACAUUUUAUGAGUAUAGCAGCUGUUAAAAUAAGUGAUAUAAUUUGGGCUCUAGGUGUACCAUCUUACUUAGAAAUGGCUUUAUUUAAUUUGGAGCCAGUUUGGCUGGUGCUCUUCCUUUGAUAAUUGGGGUUUUGGUUUAAAUUUAAUUACGAGACAAUCAAAGUACCUAUAUAUUUUUUAUCAACAUUGUAAUAUGGAACAUCCUGGAUACAACGAUAUGAACUCGUUGUUCAAGUUGUUUGUGCAUAAUUCAUAUAAUUUGAGCCUGAGAUUGGGACGAUCGUAAUUUUUAAUUAUUUAGAUUUUCAUGGCCGGUUGUAAUAUGUUGGCAGGCAUCCUUCCAGUCCGUGGGGUGACGCUAGGUAUGAGAACAAUUUACAUUAAAUGUAAACAACAGCUCAGAGAAUCCUCAGACAGCUUCACUAGCGACAUCGCCUCGGCUCGUGUUGCCUGCCACCAUACUCGUGAACAUUCAAUUAUUAUGUUCAACAUGUUAGUUAUACUGAGAGUAUAACCUUUACGCAACAACAUCUUAGUCUUGCCCAAACUUUCGGCAGAAAGUAGGUGCUAAGACUAAGUUAUCUUAUUAUUUUUAUAUGUUCGGCCAUGUUACUAUAAACAUAAGGCAUUUAUCAGUGCCACUCUUACCUAUAUAUUUUACUUUUAUAAACAGUAGAUUGUAACAGCGAUACUCCGGUUGACACGCCCCGUGUGGCCGAGUUGGCUGCAGCGGUCCACGACUAUAUUUAAAAUAUUAACCGGGAUUGCGCAGUUAGAGUAUCGCUGCUCUAGGGUAAUGUCUAUGCCUAUUUCCUAGAAUACAGGCAUUAUAUACUUUAUUUAGUAGUACAUGUGCGCAGUGGCGCCACGAGGCUUGUUCGUUACAGCAACACAUGCCAAAUAGCGUAUCCUAGGUAUAAGAACAUAAGGUAGACCCAGAGCUGCUGGCGGGCGGCGCGGGCCUCGUGGCGGCCACGGCACGUUAUAAUGUUGUGCACUCGGCUGCUGAAUGUAUGGCAGUUACUCGGAAGUUAUGCAACGAACGUCGGUGUUAGCCGCCUCUUAGUAUUUAGCUUUCUAUGGUAAACUACUUACACUUUGUUCUCUAGCGUGUAUAUGUAUAUUGUAUCGUAUAUAUCGUAGGAAUACUCCCCGACACCCGACACUAGCUAAUGUUCACUCGGGCUGUUAACUGUUACUCAACUUCGCUAGUCUAAAAGCUGCCCAACGAUUCUCCCAAAGUAGAAACUAUGCUGUGAUACACUUUUUUGCAUUUUCAUGUUAUUUCUUCAAUGUAUUUAACAGUAGGUAAGUCGACGCAAGCAAAGUGACGCCAUACAUUCAGUACUUGAGAUGCUCUACUAUAAUUUAUUAGAAAAUAAUUGUUAUUGUAAUCCAUGUUUAAUAUUAUAAUUGAAUAAAAUUCUUGUUGAAUUACAUAUGUAUGUAUAUUUAAUUAACGUAGGACGUAUAACUAAGCGCAUUAUUUUAUAUUGUUGUCAGUUUAUACAUAUUGAUAAUACAAUACGAAUUAUAACCAAAAUCAAAA